ACUUUCCCGCCUCCUGAUGAUAGCAAAUAUUUCUUUUCAUCUGAGAGGAGACCUUGACCCUCUUUCAUCUCCCUCUUCUCACACGGCCCCAAAUCUUCAGAAAUUCAGGUUGUUUCCUCUCUUUCUCCUUCCCUUGGCAUACAAAUCUACAAUUUCAAUGACUAAUUUAAAUUGUCUUUGUUGUUUGGAUUAUUAUAAAUACAAAAUCAACUCAUUUUUACAAUAAAUACAAUAUCCUUCUCCUAGAUGUAUCUGAUUCUUCAUAUCUCAUGAAUUUCUCUUGGAUUUGGCAUUGUUGUGUAAACAAAUCUUGAAUUGAAGUGUAAUUACAAAAUUCUUAGGUUUGUAGUUUUUUUUCUUGAAUUUUCGGAUUGUUUAUUUUGGGUGAAUGUGCAAUUAUUUUCUGGGUCAUAUUGUGAGAUUAAUGUUAUUAGAUUUUUUUGGGGAAUUUGCUGCUAUGAAUUAGCUUUUUUUUGGGUGAGCUUAUACAGUUGUCAGUUGAUUUAUGUCCAUAGUUAAAAAAUUUGAUUGAUGUCGAUGGGUUGGUCGUGUGUGGUGGUUGUUUUCUCUCUCCUCGGUGGUGCCUCCAUUGUUCAUAAUCUUUACAAACCUGACCUUGUAAUAUUUGUUCUCUCUCUCUUAUGCUUUUUCUUUCUUGCGCGCCACCUGUUUGAUAAAAUGCCCCAAUCACUGUCUUGUAUGUUUUUGGGUUUAUAUCAAUUUAUUCAUUUUAUUCUUGGAUUAUUUGGCCUUGUGUGGUUAUCUUAUCUUUUGGUCUCUAUGUAAUGCUUGUUGGACUUGGAUUGGAUAAAAAUGGAUUAUCAACUACUCCUAGUAGUAUGAAUUAUGUAAAGUUAUGUUGCUCCUACUGCCGCUUCUGAAUUGUAUUUGAUGUGUUAGUGGGUGCUUGAGUAAAGUUAGCAGCUUUCAAUGAUUUUUGUCUUAGAUUCAAUCUUUUUGCUUAGUUUGGUGUUGAUGCUAUACUGGGUAUUGUUGUUAAUAGCUACUCUUUUAAUCUAGUUCCUUGGUAUAUUUUGGCAAGUUUAUGAAGACAAACACCAUCAUUGCCAAAUAGAUUGGUAGCCAACUUAGAAAUAGGAAUAAACCUUCAUGCGUGUCUUUUUCCAUUAGUAAUGUUUGAUUUUAUUUUUAAACAAAGUGAAGUAAUGAAGAAUACUUAAUCAAAUACUCACUUGUUUAGGUGAUUUGGGAAUUACAUUUCUGAUAUAAUCAAAUUGUGAUAAGAGUUGACUUUUAGGAAGUUUAAAGUUUGGGUCUUAGCUUGUGUUGUAGUUUCCAGUAGGUUAUUGUGUAUAAGAAUUGAAUUUGUGAAGCUGAAAAACAAACUCUUUUUCCCCUUUAUCCAUUAUGUUUUGAAAAUUACACACCUUACAAGGAAGUAAACUACUAUUAGAAACUAAUAUUUGCCUAACUGAGUAUUGAGAAGGAUAAUUGAUUAAGAAUAUAAUUUUUUUUGUGUUAAUUUUUCCUUACUAGCUUUCGAGAACUCUUAUUUCUUUGCAAUAAUUUGUAAUUUUUUAGUGUGUAUUUUUUAAACAGAUAUGGCUCGCAUGCCACGAAAUAAACAGAAGAAGAUUGCAACGACAUGUAUUAUCAUUUAUAGGCAAAUGGUGGUUAUGGUUAUGGCGAUAAUAGUCCAUCUCAUAUAUUUACUUUCUAUCCUAAAUAUCAAAGUGCCUAAGCCUAUAACUUAUAUAUUUGAUAAUUCUCUUGAAGAAAGGUGUUAUGCUAGAAUUUUAAAUCUUAGGCCAAUUAUCCAAGGGAGUGAUGUAGCUUGUUUAGAUAACCUUAUAAUGGAUAGAGCUUGCUUUUAUAAGUUAUGUGAGAUGCUGAGGGAUGUUGGUGGAUUGCAAGGAAAUAGGAACACUAGCUUGGAAGAAAUAGUUGCAUUAUUUCUUUUCACUCUUUCUCAUGAUACAAAAAAUAGAAGAACUCAAUUAUACUUUAGAAGAAGUGGAGAAACGAUUUCAAGACACUUUAACUUAGUCUUGAAAGUUGUUCUUAGAUGCCACCAUAUUUUAUUUAAGAAACCUGAGGCGGUGACAGAAAAUUGUCAGGAUGAGAGGUGGAAGUGGUUUAAGGUAAGUUAAAUUUCGUACUAAGAAUGAGUUGUUUAAAAAAAUAUUUACAUAGGGGCAAUCAAUAAGUGAAUUUAUCUUCCCUCUUUGAAGAAUUGCUUAGGGGCAUUGGACGGAACACAUAUUAAGGUUCGUGCUGGUGAUAAAGAUAAAGUUAGAUUCAGAAAUAGGAAAGGAGAACUCACCACCAAUGUCUUAGGAGUGUGUACUCGUGAUAUGCAAUUUGUUUAUGUAUUGCCUGGUUGGGAGGGUUCAGCACAUGACAAUAGAGUUUUUCGUGAUGCGUUGUCGAGAAGAAAUCCUUUAAAAGUCCCUCAAGGUAAUAGGAAAUUUGCAUUUUUUUAAUACAUUUUGUCAAGAAAAGCUAAUGAAAGAAAAUCAUUAAAAGUUUUAUUGGUUGUUUUUAGGUUACUACUAUUAUUUAUGUGAUGCUGGAUAUAUGAACUGUGAGGGAUUUUUAACACCAUUUAGAGGUCAAAGAUACCAUUUGAGUGUUUGGAAAAGUGGGGCACAUCCGGUAUCGGCUGAAGAAUAUUUUAAUAUGAAGCAUUCACAAGCGCGGAAUGUCAUAGAGAGAUGUUUUGGAUUGCUUAAGAUGAGGUGGGGUAUACUAAGAAACACAACUUGGUACCGUCGAAAGGCCGUCAGUAGAAUUAUUUUGGCAUGUGCUUUGAUGCAUAAUUUCAUUCGAACAUAUAUGACCAUAGAUCCUAUGGAGUCUUUAAUUGGAGAUGAAGUACAAGAAGAUAUCAGUGAAAACAAUAUUGAGGUUAUGGAGACUAGUACUGAAUGGAAUGUCUUUAGGCAGAAUCUGGCAACUGAAAUGUAUGCAACAUGGUUGAACUCAAGACCUUCUUAAAGAUUUUUGUGAUUAGUAAUUAUUUCUUGUAUUUGGUUUUUGCUUUUAGUUGUAACUUGUAAGGAGAAUUGCAAAUCAAAAUUAAUCUACAAUGUAUGUUAUGUGUGUUGUACUUUUGGAUAUUUAGUACAAUAUCUACUUCAUAUUUCAAUGAAUUUGGCAUCUUACAAUGCAUUUCAAAGUGUCUAUAUACUUAAAGGAUGUGUGCUCAUUUUUUAUGAACUUAAAGUUAUUGUUAUAUAGCUAAAUUUAUACCUAUGUCUUCUAUAUCAUAUUAUUUUUGUGUUGUAGAGAUGAGUCAAGGUAGAAUCUGCAUGAGAUGGUCAGUUUGCGAGGAUCGGGCUCUCAUUAGUGCCAUGAAUGAUCUUGUCGAUCUUGGUGGUUGGAAAACGGACAAUGGUCAAUUCAAAAAUGGGGCUUUUGCUAAGUUGGAAACUCUAAUGAAACAAAAGCUUCCCGAGUGUGAAAAAAAAGCUAAGCCCCAUAUUGAGUCUCGAGUAAAGCUCCUCAGAAAACAAUAUGAUGCUAUUUCAGAAAUGCUAAGCCCGAGUGCAAGUGGAUUUGGAUGGAAUGAAGAGGGGACGUUUGUUACAUGUCCGCAAACGGUUUGGGACGAAUGGAUUAAGAGUCACAAAAAUGCCAUUGGGUUGAGAAACAAACCUUUCCCUUUUUUUGACGAGUUGGGCAAGAUAUUCGGCAAAGAUAGGGCUGUUGGAAAUGAAUCUGCAAAUGUACAUGAUGUUCUUGAAGAGAUGGAUGAAGAAGAAAGGGAGGAAGAAGGACAAGAAGUCCCUCAGUAUAGUUUAGAGGAGAUCAAUCCUUCGUCUCAAAAUAGCCCAAUGGGACCUCCACCUUCAACAACACCUUCAACUAGAAGGACAAAAAAGGCAAGGACCGAAACUAUUGAAGUCUUGAAAGAAUUUUCCACUAAACUUGAAAAAAUUAGUGAUGUGAUGGAGGCGGCAAGUGAGCACAUAGGAAGGUUAGCUAAUUGUUUCCAACACGAGUCAGAUUCUGCUGAAAGAAGGAUGAAAGUGACAAAUGAGGUUAUGAAAAUGGAAGGAUUAACUCCUACUGAUGUUAUUUUGGUCUCAAAGAAGAUUGCUCUCAAUCCUCUAGAAGUUGAUUUCUUCUUCAGCCUUCCUGAUGAAGACUACAAAUAUGCUUAUGUUCAAGGUUUGUUGCUUCCAGAUCAAUGAUUGAAAAAAUAACAUAAGUCGAAGUAGUAGCUACGGCAUGGUUUUAAUGUAGUAUGCAAAUAGUAUGUAUAUAGUUUUGGUAUGUUUUUGGUUUUUUGUAAGCCAUGCUAAAUUAUACAAGUGGACGUUAAAGUGAAAUAUUUUGGGUUGUCA